AUGUCAGAUUCAUCCUCAAAGCCACCCUCGAUCCCGUCAUGGCAGCGACGGUCAGGAACUGCCCCAGUCGAUCAAUCAUCGCCGCCAUCGUCACCGUCACCGUCGCCAAACGCCGAUGAUGCGCCCGCAGCCACCAACCGACACGACCUCGUCACCCAGUCGUCGAAGUUUCUCGAGGACGAGUCAAUUCGUGAUGCUCCAACUGAUCGCAAGAUCUCCUUCCUUGAAUCAAAAGGUCUUGCCUCCGACGAAAUCGAGAAGCUCCUAGGUGUUUCUCGAAACGCGGAGGCGAGCAGCACAAGCACCGAGGAUAAGAGCAAGGAGUCACCACCGUUAACCUCUUCACCCUCCGACCAUAUUAACGCCACCUCAUCCUCGCCUACCAAUGUACAAUUAUCGCCCAACACUACGUCCCAACCGCGCUCGAACGCUCCUGCAAACCCCGCCUCCACACAGCGCGAUGUUCCCCCGAUCAUCACCUACCCCGAAUUCCUCUUCGAGGCCAACAAGCCACCUCCAUUAGUAACAAUGCAGCGCGUGCUUUACACCAUCUACGGUGCUGCUGGUCUCGGUGCGAGCAUCUAUGGUGCGAGCGAGUAUCUCGUGAAACCCAUGCUAGCAAGCCUUACGGGCGCCCGCCACGAGCUAGCUGACACAGCCAAGGAGAAUCUGCAGAAGCUGAACGAGAAGCUAGAGCAAAAUGUUACAGUCAUUCCCGCCCAUCUGACGGCGCGAAAGACCACCUCAGCAGACGAAGAUGAGAGCAAUGACACGGAUUCAAUCACCUCCGACCCAACGGAGCUUUUCCACCGUGACGUCGGGACACAGACAACACCAGAAGCUUCGCAGACGUCGCUUGCUGCCAUUGAGAAAACCAGCCAGGCACCGGAUGCGCCGACUAAGGCAGUUGAGAGUCAUAUGUCUCGAUUGGAGUCCAUCCAGUCACAAUUGAAAGAGAUCACCGACGUUGAGAAGGACACGAGUACCCAGGAUGACACUUUGCGCAGCAGCCUUUCAGAUCUCCGUCACUACCUGGAUGGACUGAUCUAUGCAGCGCCAAGUUACGGUGCCUCUACUCCUUCGUAUGGCCUUUACAGCACUACCACAAGUGGUGUGGAUAGCGCCGCGAUGGGCGUGAAGAAGUCCGAGGAUGAUGCCAUUGCCAGUUUCAAGGCCGAUAUUCGUGGUGUCAAGGGUGCUCUGCUGAGUGCGAGAAAUUUCCCAACGAGCCGGGGUGGUAGACUUGGGGGUAUGGCUACUGCUGGGCGGUGA